UAAUCGCCAAUCAGUGUACCCAUCACCUCGGCCGCCUUCACUUCACUUCCAGCAUCACCCCCACUCCCCUGCCUCCCUCCCGCCUUCUGUCUCUGUCUCUGUCUCUGUCUCUCUCUCUCUCUCUCUCUGUCGGCUUCCUCGUAUCGCUCUUCGUCUCUCAGGUGAGGCUCUCCUCCUCUCUGUCUUCAUUGCUACGCCCCUGAACUUCGCCCUUGGGCUAUGACGAGAUGUCAGUUAUCGGGCGAAGAGGACUUCAUUACCUUCAUACACUAAAAGCUUCAAAUGUGCCUGCUGACCUGAUACAGAAGGGACAGGAUCGCGUGAUUGAUGCUUCUCUCACGCUUAUACGGGAGAGGGUGAAGCUUAAGGGAGAGCUUCUUCGUGCAUUGGGAGGUGCCAAAGCUACAGCAUCUCUUCUUGGAGUUCCACUGGGGCACAACUCAUCGUUUCUUCAAGGGCCCGCAUUCGCUCCCCCUCGAAUCAGAGAGGCCAUCUGGUGUGGUAGCACAAAUUCAGCAACAGAAGAAGGAAAAGAGUUAAAAGACCCUAGGGUUUUAACUGAUGUUGGCGAUGUUCCUGUUCAAGAAAUUCGUGAUUGUGGAGUGGAUGAUGACAGGCUGAUGAAUGUUAUUGGCGAGUCAGUUAAGUUAGUGAUGGAAGAGGAUCCACUUCGGCCACUAGUACUAGGUGGAGACCACUCAAUAUCUUUCCCAGUUGUAAGAGCUGUGUCCGAGAAGCUUGGCGGACCUGUAGACAUAUUGCAUUUGGAUGCACAUCCGGACAUCUAUCAUGCAUUUGAAGGGAAUAUAUACUCACAUGCUUCAUCUUUCGCCCGUAUUAUGGAGGGUGGUUAUGCACGCCGGCUUUUGCAGGUGGGCAUCAGAUCCAUCACAAGUGAAGGGCGCGAACAGGGAAAAAGAUUUGGAGUCGAGCAAUAUGAAAUGCGAACUUUCUCUAGGGAUCGCCACCUCUUGGAAAACCUGAAACUUGGGGAGGGUGUGAAGGGCGUAUACAUCUCUGUAGACGUGGACUGCCUCGACCCUGCUUUUGCUCCUGGCGUGUCCCACAUAGAGCCCGGUGGGCUCUCAUUCCGUGACGUGAUUAACAUCCUCCACAACCUCCAAGGCGAUGUGGUUGCUGCUGAUGUGGUUGAAUUUAACCCUCAAAGAGACACAGUUGAUGGGAUGACAGCAAUGGUAGCUGCGAAAUUGGUCCGAGAAUUGACUGCGAAGAUCUCUAGGUAAUUAUACUUGAAAGACAAUAUUAGUUAGUCAUAUGAAUUAAUAAUGCUAAUAUAAUGGUUAAGAUGUUUCAUUGCUUAUAUUAUUCCCAUCGUAUUCAGUAAGCUAUAGCAGUGUAGUAGUGAUGAUUUUGCAGUACUGUGUAUUCAGCCAGACUUCACUUUUUCUAUAGUUCGGAUUACAUGGGUGUAAGGCAAAGAAAUGCCAUGAGCUCCAUUGAUGAAAUCUCUGUCAAAUUUCUCUGCAGUUCUUCGAGUAAGAUUAACCGAUUUUUCA